AUGGGGAAGAGGUUAAUUUCGCCAACCUCAGCCACUUUUCGUGCUCUGAGUACCAAAACAACAUCUUACAAACUCAACACCGGUGCAAAAAUUCCAGCGCUUGGGUUCGGCACUUUCCAAGAUCCCGACUCCCAGGAAAACACCGUUAGCUUGGCUUUGCAAAAAGGCAUGCGCCUAAUUGAUACAGCUCGGGUUUACAACGUUGAAGAGCAAGUUGGAAGGGGAAUCAAGAAAAGUGGAAUUCCGCGCGAGGAUAUUUUCCUCGGCACCAAGCUAUGGUGCAAUGAUUAUCAUCCGAACGAUGUGGAGCGCGCCGUGGAUGAUUCACUCCGAGAUCUAGACACACCAUAUGUCGACUUGCUGCUGAUGCAUUACCCUUGCACAUUCAAACGAGGCCCUGACCGGUUCCCACGAGAUGCCGAUGGCAAAAUGGUCGCAGGCGAGACAACGUUUGUGGACACGUGGAAAACAAUGGAGAAAGUGAUCAAGACCGGAAAGGUCAAAGCCAUCGGUGUAUCAAAUUUCAGUCGUGGCGAAAUCAGCACUUUGAUCAAUGAAUCCUCUACCAUUCCAGCUGUCCACCAAAUGGAGGUUCACCCCUAUCUCCAACAGAAAGGCCUCAACGAGUGGCUCCAGACAAAGGGCAUUCACGUGGUCCAAUUCAGUCCCCUCGGCAAUAUGAACGACUUUUACCGACAGACCGGAUGGUCAAAGGAAAUCUCACACAUGAUGCGGGUUAUUGAUCAGCCAAUUCUGAAGGAGAUUGGCGAGAAGUACGGAAAAAGCCCCGUUCAAGUAGUUCUUGCGUGGGGUAUCAACAGCGGCCGGUCCGUUAUCCCCAAGAGUGUGGUCGACUGGCAGGUCGAGCAAAACCUAGAGGCCGAUUUUGAGUUGCAGCCUGAGGACAUGGCUCAGAUCGCGACUUUGGAUGCAAAGGCUCGAUUCAAUGAUCCCAGCUUGGACUACGAAUGGCGCUUGUAUAGUGAUUUGGAAGGGAUUGAUGGUACAAUGAGCGGUAAAACCCACUAA